CGCUGGUGUCCAGCUGUGACGGCUUCAGACAGACCUCGUCCCAGCGGGUCUUACCGCUCAGACAGGAUGAAAGCCCCGCUCUGCCUCACCUCGUCCAGGAACUGGUCCGAACCAAACGCCACUCGGUCCAGGAGCUGGUGCGAGCCCAGCCUCACUUGGUUCAUGACAUGGGCUGGCCGGAGAUUCAGGAAAUAUCCAGAUCCCAGGUGGAGUCCAACUCGUCUCAGUUAAACCCAGCGUCCUCUGGGGGUCAGGACGCAGCCAGGACCCCGGCCACUGUGGAUGAAGAUGUGGAAGAGGAGAUGGAGCGUAUGGUCCAUUUGGCAGCUCCACAGGAGGCAGGAGGUUACAGGGGUCGCACGGAUGCCGCCGACCCAGACACGGAGCUCUUUGGCGGGCCGGGUGCUGGCGAUGCCUCCCAGGAGGCCUCUGGCUUCUAUGUAACGGACACGGAGGACAGAGACAGAGGAGAGGAGGGAGGAGAGGAUCGAGAGAGAAGAGGAGGAGGAGAGGACGAGUGGGAGGAGAGAGAGAGGAGAAGGGGGGAUGGCAGAGGCGAGGGAGGGGAGGACGAGCGCGAUGCUUCAGACGUGAGCCACCUGACCCCAGAUCUGGAUGCUCUGAUUGGCUACAGUCCAUCCCUCCACCCCUCCAGCUCCAUGCAGCCCAUCAUCUCCUCCCCAGCCGAGCUGCAUGAUUCUGGGCUGCAGGAACAUCGAGUGUCCCCUGUCCUGGAGAUGGGUCCUUUAGAGAGAGAGCUGUGGGAGGCCGAGGGGGAGGAAGACGUUCAGUCCAGUGGAUACGGAGUCCGUCACUCCUCCAUCACCACCACGACGACAACAUCCACAUCCGCUUUCACUGCAGCCGCUGCUGCAGGCGGAGACGCUGCAGGAACCUCCACCCCUGAGACGGACACUGGCACUGACUUCGGGCUGCUGGGAAGUUUUACAAAAGAUGAGACGGAGGAAGAGGAGACCGAGCGGGAGGAGGAAGAAGAACACGCCGGUCUAUUUACCCAGAAACCCACUGCACCAGAGGUCGGCCUGGCCCCCAGCAGAGAGCCUCUGCAGCCCAGUGUGGAGGAAGAAGAGGAUCUGGAGGAGGAAGAGCGGGGGAUUAAAGACAGACUGAAUGACCGAGGAGCCGACGAGGAGAGAGGGAAAAAGAUGGAGGGAGAAGGAACAAGAAUCGACCCGGCCUGGGAUCUGUUGGACAAGACCACGCCCCUGGAGGCCCAGGGGUCAGAGGUCAAGGGCGGGGGGGUGAUGACUGCCGCCGAGAAGGCACAGCAGGUGGUGUGUAUAGACUGGAAGGACCUGGUUGGACGUGGGUAUGUCGUCCUCAACAUGACGGAAAACCUGAACUGUGAGGAGUUCCGUGUGGACCAGGGUGUGCGGUUGCUGAAAAUCAUUGAACAUGUGUUUGCUUGGAAGAUGAACAGCCCUCAGGGAUCAUGGGUACUAUUCCUCAGCAAGCCCACACACCAGCAACACCAGCUCCUGAUGAACGUGGCAUCUGGCCAUGGAGUGAUAGGCACCAGUGAUGUGCUGAACAUGUUGGGGGAGAUCAGGAAAAGUCUGAAUAAGGUGGGAAUCCAGAACUACAGUGCCACCAGCUGCUGUGUGUCUCGGCCCAGUCAGACACGCAGCGACUACGGGAAGUUGUUUGUGGUUCUGGUCAUCAUCGGCUCCGUCUGCAUGGUCAUCAUCACAUCUGGAUUCAUAUACAUCUGCUGGCAAAGACGGCUGCCUGCAACCAAGACGACGUUUCGCGCUGAGGAGCUUCACUUUGUGGAGAAUGGUUGCCACGACAACCCCAUGCUGGACGUGACCAACGACAACCAGCCUGAGAUGCAGGAGAAGAAGCCGAGUACGAACGGACUGACGGGGGGAGGCGAGAGAGGCAAGGACGACAGCAGUCGCUGGCAGGUGUUUGUCAAUCAAGCAGCGACUGAGGAGGAGGAAGAGGAGCAGGACACACAUCUCUGAUGGAGGAAGAGGAAGAGGAGACAGGCUAUGACGGAUGGGCAUCUUUGAUAGAUGACAAGUGGAGCCCAGAGAGAAGAAGAAUAGGAAGAUGGCAGCGAAGAAAACAGGAUGUCUUCGAUGGAGAGAAGAUGCGAAGGGAGGAAGAGGAGGUGGAGAAAGAAAAGAGAGAAGUGGUUGAUGGGAAGACGAAAAAGCCUGAGUGGUAGAUGUGUGGUCCGGGAGCAGGAGUCACUGACGUCAUCGCAGAGAUUAGACACUGAGGUUCACAUCACAUACAUGAAUUCAUGGGAAAACAAAAUCUAAAAACCAUUUCUAAUGGUUGUUAAAGACGGACUUCAGAUCCCAACUUGAUGUUAGAAAAUAUCACCAUUACAUAAUCAAUCUGUUUAAUGUGCCUUAUGUUUUCAGCUCUUAACAAUGUGGCUGCAUGAGACGAUUCACACAUAACAAAUCAAAGACUAAAGCACCUUUCUCCAGCUUCAACGCUUGAAUGUAAAGAAGCAACGUUUAAUCGUUUCUUCUGAGACACAUGAAAACAAACAAAUCCCGACCGGCAGCAGAAAUCCAAAAGAAGUCACGAUGGCUGAAAGUACGGAAAAUAAUGUAAUAACCGAAAUUAUAUAUUAAGAUGACGAUGUUUGCCAGUCGUCACCAAUGACAAGAAGCCGAGUACAAACCAAAACCUACGAUGAGCCUAAAGCCCCUGCACGGGAUUUAAUGGAAAUUGGUUUUGUUCAUUUUGAAUAAACCUAAUGUCAACAACAAAACCAUAAAAGAAUCCAGUCGGGGUGUACGUUUAGUUUUGCACCUCAACGUCUAACUCCGCUGACGGCAGUGACUCCUCUCGGCUUCUCCUCCGAAUCACCGAACAGGAAGUUUAGCCUGUAGCAACUUUGAAAGUAAGGUUUUGGCACUUUAUCGAUUCCUCUUUGGAAAUAGUGACUAUCAUCGCUGCAAUGCUGCAUCAUGUUUAAUGUAUAACACAAAGUGAUCCAAAUAUCUCUAUUUUGCUUAUAGGAAUGGUUGUAACUGCUGAGGAGGUUUACUGUCCCCUCUGCAACCACUCGUGUUAAAUAUACUUACGUGCCGUUAGCCUGAUGCUUUUCUUUAAUAGGGCUGGAAUGGCUUCUCUAUGCUCCUCAGUAAAUCUUGAGGCUUCGACACACGGGCAACAUUUAGAGACCGAAAGCAUGAGAAUAAAGCGAGUUACAGAGUUGAAGUCAAAGUUAGUUAAGUUAGUCAAGUCGAGCCCCAAGUCUUCUGUGUUUUAGUGUUGAUUGUUAAAGUCAGAGUCACCAAGAACAAAUCCAAAUCAACGCGUCACUUUGAUCGCAUCUGUAUUACUAUGGUUAUAAUGUCCGAGGCUCAGCGAUCAUACCUGAGUCACCAUGUAAUCGAGCGUCACGAUCGUGUCCAUGCUGCCAAAAGUAGCUUUGAGACACUAAGAUCAUGAACAAGUCACCGUGGCACCUUUCAGUUGAUUUGGUAAUGUCGUUAACGACCUGUCUCAGCUUUGUGAUCAUGAGAUAUAAUAAUGUCAGCGUGACCAUGUUGAGUGAAUCGAGUUGUGGUCGCUCAAGUCGUGUCUGAAUUACAAGCAAUAUGUCUGAGUCACUGUCCAAGUCAGUGUGACGAUAUCCGAGUCAAUACAAUCAGGUCAGAGUCAGAACAAUCUUGAUCGAGUCACUACGAUCAUGUUUGAGUCAGUGCGAUCAGGCCUGAGUCCGAUUAACUGCUCAACAUUUAAAUCCCAGCUAAGUUGUGAGAAAUAAGAAAAUGGGACAUGCACUGGUCUUGACUCGUCCUCUGCACCAUUUAUAAAAAUUCUGACUGGUGAAAAAACAUCACACGUAAAAUGACAGAAAUAAUCUGAGGUUUCUUUUGUGUGGUUUUCGGUGAGAGGCUCAGUUGACUGGAAUGGAGACAGACAAUCGCCAGGAGCUUCGUUAAACGUUGUGUUUCUCAUACUCGUUCUCCGUCUCCGUCCCUGUCACAUUUAAAUCUCGUUUAAUUCAGAUGUUGCCCGUGUUUUUGCUCUUUUCUCGAUGUAACUAAUGUAUAUGGCUUCACUAUAAACUACGCUGAUGUAAAUACAUUUUGUCAGCUGAGCAGGAUUUAUGGAGCGUUCAGGACAGAGCGAGAACUCAGGAUCAUCCAUCCUGAGUUCCUUAAACGUGCAGUAUUUGUUAUCUAUUUCCCGAAAGCACAACAGACCGCCAGGACGCGUUCCCCUUGUCCGACACUUGAAGACAGAUUAUACGAGCAUGUAGCUUUUCAGCACUGCAGCAUCGAGAUAACGAAACACACAGCAACUGUUUCUUUCAUUUGCUGAAGGGGACAGUUUGAAAGACACAUUUGAAACAGAUCCUUUUAAUCUGUUUUAACAAGUGCUUCUCUCUCCAGAAUCCGGCAGCCUCCACGUAGUUUUGCAUUUCGUAGCAGUGCUAGUGCAAGUCAGUGGGCAUUCAGCUGUAACAAAAACAAAAUGACCCCUUGUAUAAAGAAAAGAUGGUUAGUUUCAUAAUGUGAAUUUGCUGCUAUUUGAUGAGCAUAUUGUUCAGUUUUUACUCAUUCAUUGCAGGUAUUUUGCUUCUUUAAAUUUAUUUUAUGUAGAUCUUUUCGUAUGUCUGUUUAUAUGUGCAUCACAUGUUGUGUCACCCUUUUGGUUGUCAAUGUAAUGAGUUAACUGUGUGAAAUAAAGU